GCGGCGCUGCUUAUUGUUUGUAGAUGUGUUGGGUGUUGUUUCCAUUUCACAGUGCUUUUUCAGAACUCAUUUGCCCGCAUCUAUCAUGGUUACCGUCAUUUUCUAAGCAUACAUAUAACAUAUUGAGCAUUGUUAGCAUAAGCACCUUUGGCUGAAGAUUAUCUCGAUCUUGAUCUGGGUCGUUUGGGGUAAGCAAGACCGGGGUCCGGGCGGCAUCAAUUUUCCCGAUUUUUCCGGGACUUGCAACCUAGACGUUAUUUGUAAUUUUGUUACCUACCAUUUAAACUUUAUUAGUUUAGUGAUGCAUUCACAUUGAGGACGUUGGAAUUGCAUUGAGUGCGUGAGAAUAAUUAAUGGUGGUAGUGACAGGUGACUAGUGCUAGGGUUUUAUUUCAUCCCUAGCAACAUGUUUUAGAAUAUGCUACUGAGUUUGAUCUUUGGAUAGGUGUUCAAGAUGUUUUCAGCAUUAAAGAAGCUUGCAGGCAAAAAUGAGCCCCCACCAGCAGUGGUGCCUGGCAAUGUCCAGGCUAUGUCAUCACAGCUGCAGAGGAAAUUUGCUAGGGGCAUCCAGUAUAAUAUGAAAAUAGUCAUCAAAGGUGACAACAAUGUUGGUAAGACAUGCCUUUUCAACAGACUACAGGGAAAGCCAUUCAGUGAGGUGUACGAGUCAACACCAGAGAUACAGGUAGCGAGCAUACAGUGGUCCUACAAAGCCACAGAUGAUGUGGUCAAGGUGGAGAUCUGGGAUGUCGUGGACAAGGCCAAGAAGAAGAAAAAGAUGGAAGGCCUGAAGCUGGAGAACAGCAGCGCAGCAGCGCCGGUGCCCGAAGAAGCCGCGCUGGACGCCGAGUUCCUGGACGUCUACAAGGGCACCCACGGCGUGGUGAUGGUGCUCGACAUCACCAAGGCGUGGACGUUCGAGUAUGUGCAGCGCGAGCUGCCGCGCGUGCCCGGCCACAUCCCCGUGCUGGUGCUGGGCAACCACCGAGACAUGGGACACCAUAGACAGGUCCGAGAGGAUGAUGUGCGCUUCUUCGCCGAACACGCUGAGCGGACGGGCGGCGCGGCACAGGUGCGUUACGCCGAGUCGUCGAUGCGUAACGGGUUCGGUCUGAAGCUGCUGCACCGGUUCCUGAACGUGCCGUUCCUGACGCUGCAGCGCGAGUGUCUGCUGACCCAGCUGGCCACCAAUGAGCGUGAGACGGAGGCCACGCACCAGGAGCUGGACCUGUACGAGGAGUCGGAGGAUGCCAACUAUGACGUAUUCCUGGACCACCUGACCAAUCGUCGUCGCCAGACGGCCGACUCUCAGGCUCCGUCACAGAAGAUUCCCCACUCACAGACUACGACAGCACUGAGCAGCGCGGCGGGACGCGCCAACGCCGGGGCGAGCCUACCCCGCAGUGCCUCUCAGCCGGGUACGCUAUCAGCGGCUCCAACCGGCUCGCCACAGUUACAGCCCGCCCAGCAGUCACAGUCGCAAUCACAGUCUCCAGCAGCUCAGUCUCAGUCACAGCAGGUGGCCGCAGACCGGUCCCAUCCGCCCACACCCAACGGAGUGCCCAUAGCCGGCAGUCCCGACAAGCGGAAUGUGGAUGCCUUCGUGCCUGAUGGCGGGCUGGACGCCGACUUUUUGGACGAUACCACGCCGCAGCAGACGCCCGUCAGAGGGCAACAGCAGCCGCAGCAGAGGGCAGACUCCGACAGUGACGACGACGACGCGGGCGGCGGGAACCCGAUGGUGGCCGGUUUCCAGGAGGAGCUGGACGAGCUCGACCUGCUCCCCUCUCCGGCGACCCGCGUCUCGGCCGCCCGGCCCGCGCCGCCCGACUCCAGUGACGACGAGCUACCUCCCCCGGCGGCCACUGUGGAGUCUCCGGGCCGGAGGAGGCGCGACGCGCGGCUCGUGGCCUCCCCGACACCAGACGAGUCGGUGGCAUCGGUAACGACGAUAGAGAGUGAGCCGGAGCCGACGCAGCGCGCUGAGCCCGACAGCGGCGCGGAGGCGGCGGUGAAGAGCAAGAAGAAGAAAAAGAAGGAUAAGGAGAAGGACAAAGAGAACGGGGAGAAGAAAAAGAAGAAGAAGCACAAGGACCGGGAGCCGGCACGGACCCCGGCGCAGCGCGAGCGAGACGCCCUGGAGGAUUUCCUAGAGGGAGGCGCCGGUGAUGGCGACGAGGCGUAUGAGGCCAUAUAGCCAGAGCUGUAUAACGGCUGGCUAAAGCAAGAUGGCGAUGCCGCCAGGGUACUCCAAGAUGGCCGCCAGGUUGCGACGAGUUUCUGCCAAAAAUGGGGAUUACUGGACGUGAUUGGGGAGUAUGGGCGUUGCUUUCAGUGUCUAUUUCUACUUUCGUCAGCACCGUCGAUGCGACAAGUUUCCGAAGUUCGUUUAUUAUUUUUCUGUGUAGCCCGGUCUCUCCGUGCCGGGCGCGGUACUUCAGUGCAUUAUUUUUAUACGUGCUGGGGUUGGGGCGUCCCCUGUGCCCUCUGUCAUAUAUCGAUGUCUAUAACAAGGGUUGCCUAUCGAGUCUGUUUCUCAGUCGCCCGUACGGGGUACUAGCUGUGAACAGAGUGUUCACUGCUGCCUGCCAGCACAACCCCCUUCGCAGGGAUAGUGUAGCCGUCCGUCUUUUGAGCACAAGCCUCUGCGGGGCGGAGUCCCGCACCUGUGAGCUUCUCAGGCACGUUCUAACGGGCUGGUGUCAGUCAGUAGAUCUAUCGAAAAUAUCACUUCUCGCGCUUACUUUGUACCUCAACAGAUACCGCCUUUCUCAGCUAUCAGGGUCGCCUUUGGUAUACGGCAGCGCUUGGGGAUGUUAUAAACGUAUGUGACGUUCGAUUGUUCGCAAUCUGAAGGAGCAAGCCUGUGUGAAUGUUCUUGGCUCCAUGUUUACGAUCGAGUGCGUCGUUGAAUGCAUGUGGCCCUCUCUGGGGAUAGCGCGAGAUGCAUAUUCGUUUUUCGGCGCUGUGACAUAUUUAUUCUGAUCCAUUCCGCGUGUGCGCCUCGUGCUCUUGUUUGACUUGUUACCGUCGUGAUGUAUGCUCUGUUGGUUGGUAUGGGACGUGUAAUAACAAUACAAAUGGGCAGUGCUUA